CAGAUUUGUUUUCAAUCAUGGACAAUAUCAACUGUGGACCAUGAGUCUCUCGACCCAUCUCAUCGAAGCACACGAGAAGAAGCCAUACAUGGCACCUCCUAUAUCUCCAUGGCCCCAGUCAGUCUACAGGGCAGGCCAUCCACCGCAGCCGCCGCAGCCGUUUCAAACACCGGUCAACACGACCAUGAAUGAUGGAGACUCGAGCUGGAUGAUGGGGCAUGGCAUGUCGAGUCAAGUCUCUGGUAUGGGAGGAUUUACAAAAUGGUCAGAGGAGAGGGUGGCAGCUCUUCAAGUCAGGCUCGCUCGAAAGCUUGGGCCAGAGUACGUGACUCAGCGACCUGGACCUUCUGGGGGACCGAAACUGAGCUAUAUCGAAGGGUGGAAAGUCAUCAAUCUCGCGAAUGAAGUCUUCGGAUUCAAUGGCUGGUCCUCAACCAUCAGCUCGCUCACUACAGAUUUCAUCGAUGUCAAUAAGGAAGGUCGUGCAUCGGUCAACGUCACAGCUAUCGUCCGCAUCACCUUGGCUGAUGGAUGCUGGCACGAGGAUGUGGGCUGUGGACAAGGCGAGAACCAGCGCAGCAAAGCAGCAGCCCUGGACAAGGCCAAAAAGGAGGCUGUGACAGAUGCUACGAAGAGGGCACUCAAAACCUUUGGCAAUGUACUCGGAUUGUGCCUUUAUGAUAAGAGUUAUACGAGUGAGGUCGUGCGCAUGAAGGUUCCUCAGGUCAAAUUCAACCCCAGGGAUCUCGAGCGACGACCCGAAUUCGUAGAACCAGAUGCUCCUGGGCCUUCACGCCCCACAGCCAUCCCAAGCCAUAUGCCCAACGUCUCCCGUCCGCCUGCACCUCAGCAAGCUCACUCUGUCCGAGAGUUACGACCAGACACACCUCAAGCGCCGGAUACUCCUCUCAAAGAGAUUCAAGAGCUAGGCGAGGAUGUCUUCAUGGACGAAAGCUUUGACGCCGAAUUUCUCGACGAGCAAGACGAGCUAUUCUAUCAGGACAGACUUCAAGCCAAUACACGUCAGAACGUGGCACAAGGUCCUCAGAACCCAGCAACAUCAGCUCCUGCAUAUCAGCACCGCCAUCGCCCAGAUCUCCCGCCACCGAAUUUGGCUGCGCGAGGAGAGUUUACGAGGUCAGUGUCGGAUCCUGCGCAGAAAUUGGAGAAUGGGCGACAUCUAGGCCCUCGCGAUUCAGGCCUUGGGAACCGUGCCGCUGCAGUUAGCGAAAGGGGCGGCAUGGAACCAAAGCCAAUGCGCAUGCCGAUGCCUCGCCCCCAGAGUAAUUCCUCAGCCGGAAAAUCUGCUCGAGCUCUCGCCAUUUCAUCCGCUCUGGCUGCCCAAGGUGUUCGACCGCCACUGCCUGGCCCACCUCGAGCCGAGUCACCUCGUAUCCCUUCUGGGGGUGUGGCAUCCCUCUCGGCCCGAACUACGGGCCAAAUGACGGCGCGGGCAGCGGCUCUAGGUUUGGAAGGCAACGAGGGAAUCCCAACGGGCGAUUAUCAAGGAUUCGGCAGUGCCAGGGGAUUCAAGAGGACAAGAUCGAUUGAGGAGAGGCCGUGAGUCGCGAUUCAGUUACUCUGGGCAUUAUUCUGAUAGACCGUGUAGCGGAGCAUCGCCCUCCAAGUCAG